AUGUACCUCGAUGACAUUCUAAUAUACAGCCCCACCUUUGAGGACCAUCUCUCCAGUUUGCGUGAAGUUUUCUCCAGGAUUCAGGCAGCCGGUCUCAGGCUGAAUUCUAAGAAGUGUCACCUGGCUCGAGAUCAUGUAGUGUUCCUGGGACAUGUUGUUUCUCGCCACGGCUUACAGCCCGACCCUCGAAACAAAGAUAAAGUCAGAACCUGGCCCACACCACAGAAUCCAACCGAAGUGAGAGCAUUUGUGGGCCUUUGCUCUUACUACAGACGCUUUGUUAAGGACUUUGCCCAGCGUGCAGCUCCUCUGCAUCGCCUCACCUGCAAAGACACACCUUUCAGAUGGACAACUGAGUGUAACACAGCCUUUGAGUACCUGAAAGGGGUGCUUUCAUCUGCUCCGGUUGUCACCAUGCCUGACUUUAACAUCCCCUUUAAAGUGUAG